CACUCCAGUAGAUGGCAGUAAUGCACAUCCGUACGUUGCUUGCCAACCCCCAUACAAAGAAGAAGAAGUAGCAGCAGCAGCAGAAGAAGAAGAUAAAGCUGUAUUUAAACAAAAACACACGCCACGUGUUAUCUUCAGAUUUUAGAUGCAUUUCAGAUUGUUACUUUUCUAAUAGUUUGAAUGAAUGAUUAUACAGUUGUAAUUUCACUGCUGGUUUUCUGCCGAUAACCGGGGAUAGAGUCGAAAAAUUUGUGAAUCGUUCAGGUUUGUUUCUCACAUUUUCAACGUUUUUCGUUUUAAUUUUAAAAUGAGUGAAGGAGUAAUUGAAGAUGGUGAAACAGGGGCUGAAUCUACAGAAUGGACGCAGGAAAACCUCCAGAAGCUCUUUGCUUCUCUGAAAGACACCCUCCCAGAGAAUAAAAAAACACAGAGUUAUAUCCGAGGAUUGAAAGCUGUAGACUGGGAUAAAGUUGCAUUCCCCCCGUUUUCUGCUGGUGAAUGUCGCGAGAAAUGGAACAGCAUAAUGGGGACGAUAUGCAAAUAUCGCACCCUUCUUGAUAUCCUUGAUGAAGCUGAAGAUUUGCUUUCAAACCCCUUCAGUGACAAAAAUAUUCACCCAGACAUGCCAAAACCGCCUUAUCCUCCAAGAAGUGCUUAUAUUAGGAAGAAUAUGUCCAGGUAUGCGAGGAAAAAUCCAGAGAAGAACGUACUGUUGAUGAAAAAUACCUUUUACAAGAAGUAUGACGAACUCUCAGAUAAAAAGAAAGCUAAAUAUGCAAAGAAGUACAGCAUUGCAUUUGAAGAAUACAGCAGAAAGAUAAAGAUCUUUUGCAAAAAAAACAAUCUGCAACUUCCUGAUCUGAUGAAGAAGAGGAGAAAGGGAAAGACAUCUGGAAAUGGAGGUGAAGGAAAUGAUAAAUACAAAGGUCUUCCGCAGGAACCACCUAGGAAUGGUUAUAUUCUGUUCCUCAUAGAACACUCUAAAGCAGGCAAAGCAGGCGAAACUUCACAUGGCACGAGGUUUAUUCCGGUUAUGAAUCAACGCUGGAAACAAUUGAGUGAAACUAAGAAACAGAUGUACAAUGAACGCUGUGCAGAGAUGAAGAAAGAAUACGAAGCCAAGUUGAUGAAAUAUCUGAAUAAGUUAAAUGAGGAGGAGAAGAAGCAGGUCAUCGAGAAAAAAAAGAUCAAACUCCCAAAGAAGACUUCGGUGCGACGACACAUGAGACUGCUGGGUGAGCCGAAGAAGCCCACCCAUUCUGCGUAUGUGUAUUUCUGCUCGGAUAUGUUCAAACAUACCUGGAAAUCAUUACCAAGGAAAGAGUCUGAGGCGAGGGCCAGGAAAGAGUGGCACGAGCUCUCAGAAAGGGAGAAGAAUCGAUAUGCUGAAAUAGCUCAGGAAAAUAUGAGGAAAUACACAGAAGAGCUGAAAGCGUGGUACCAGAAGCUGACUGAAGAGGAUCAGAGGGCUUACUUGAAGAAAAAACCUCAUAAGGCUACUUUUUUCCGGGAACGUAAAGACGUCAAAAAGGAGUCACAUGACCUGUCUUCAGACUCGAAGGAUGAGAAGAAGAGUAGAGCAGAAGAAUCUGUGAGGACUGAGGUUAAGAGCGAAGAUGAAAAGGAUGGCAACACGUUGGAGGCGUAUCAUUGAUUACAAAUCCAGAUGGAGGAUUCUCAACCAGCUGGUUUCCAUGAUGGAUGCCAGGAAGAAAACGCCACCCAGGAGUGCUGAGAGGCGGUGCUGUUAACUUUCUGCAGGGUGGCAGAUGCAGAGCUGAAGUUCAUGCACUGAAAAAAAAAUCUAAAUACACAGAAAUGUGUUGGUUUGGACUUUGCUUAUUAUGUGUUUCCAACUACUGGACAUAAGAACGCCUUUCAUAAGAAAAAUGUUUUGUUUUUUUUUACUUGAAUUUUAAAGAGGUAGCUUUAAUGAAGCCUAAUUUUUUUUUUCUCUAUUUUUAGAUGUUCCUCUCUAACAGAUUUGUUUGUUGUUGCUGCUUUAUGAUCCAGCAAAUAUGUGGCAAUAGAAUAAAUAUGGAUGGAUGGA